AGUUCCAGACGGAAGAGGCGGCGUGCGUGUUUUCAGGAGCGAUUAGUUUGUAUGAAACUAGGAGCCAAAGGAGACCACAGACACACGUCAGUAUUGAUCCGGACGGCGGGUCUGCUCAGCCGAGAGUAUUCGGAUGACAUUCAUCCUCGUGAUUAGAUAAAUUAAUUAGCCUGCUGCUCGUUCACACCGGGCCGAGUCAUCUCUGCACAAUGAGGAAGGUUGCUCUGCUGCUGCUGCUGCUGCUCGGCGUUGCACACUUUGUGACUGUCAGCAGAUGUGACGAUGAAGUUACAGAUGAUAAAUUGGAGACCGAGGAGGAGGAGGACAGUGAUGAUGAGGAUGAUGAUGAUGAUGAUGACACUGAGGUGAAAGAAGAAAACGGGGUAUUUGUGCUGAAAGACAACAACUUUGACACUUUCAUGGAGGGCAAAGACACAGUUUUGAUUGAGUUUUACGCCCCAUGGUGUGGCCACUGCAAACAGUUUGCACCGGAGUAUGAAAAAAUCGCUCAGACUCUCAAGGAGAACGACCCUCCUAUACCUGUGGCAAAAGUUGAUGCAACAGAAGCAAGCGGGUUGGGGACUAGGUUCGAAGUGUCCGGGUAUCCAACUAUCAAGAUCCUGAAAAAUGGGGAGCCUAUCGAGUACGAUGGAGAGCGGACAGAGACAGCUAUUGUGGCAAGAGUCAAAGAGGUGGCUCAUCCGGACUGGAAGCCCCCUCCUGAGGCGACACUGGUGCUGACCAACGACAACUUUGAUGAGACCGUCAACAACGCGGACAUCAUCCUGGUGGAGUUCUACGCUCCAUGGUGCGGACACUGUAAGAGUCUCGCUCCAGAGUACGAGAAAGCAGCCCAAGAGCUCAGUCAGCGCUCUCCUCCCAUCCCUCUGGCCAAGGUAGACGCCACCGUGGAGAACGAUAUCGCCACACGUUUUGAAGUCACAGGUUACCCCACACUCAAGAUCUUCAGGAGAGGAAAGAUGUUCGACUACAACGGGCCCAGAGAGAAGCACGGGAUUGUUGAGUACAUGGGAGAGCAGGCUGGGCCUCCCUCUAAGCAGGUCCAGGCAGCAAAACAGGUGCAGGAGCUCAUCAAGGACGGGGACGAUGCUGUGAUUGUUGGUGUGUUUUCUGGGGAACAGGAUGCAGCCUACGAGAUCUACAUUGAGGCCUGUAACGCCUUGAGGGAAGAUUUCGCCUUCCGUCACACAUUCAGCUCUGAAGUGGCCAAACUGCUGAAGGCUUCACCUGGUCAGGUUGUCAUCGUUCAGCCGGAGAGGUUCCGCUCCAAGUACGAGCCAUCUUCACGCUCACUCACAGUGCAGGACUCCACAGCCGUGUCAGAGGUGCAGGAGUUCUUCAGAAAGCAUGUGAUCCCUCUGGUGGGCCACAGAAAACCAAGCAAUGAUGCCAAACGCUACACAAAGAGACCCCUGGUGGUCGUUUAUUAUGGAGUGGACUUUAGUUUUGACUACAGGAAAGCCACACAGUUCUGGAGGUCCAAGGUGCUCGCUGUGGCGAAGGACUUCCCUGAGUACACGUUUGCCAUCGCCGACGAGGAAGACUACGCAGAGGAGCUGAAGGGCCUGGGCCUGAGCGACAGUGGAGAGGAUGUGAAUGUGGGAAUUCAGGGGGAGGGAGGCAAAAAAUAUGCCAUGGACCCAGAUGAGUUUGACUCUGAAGUGCUGAGAGACUUUGUCAUGGCUUUCAAGAAAGGGAAGCUGAAGCCCAUCAUCAAGUCGCAGCCGGUGCCAAAGAACAACAAAGGACCAGUGAAGGUGGUCGUAGGUAAAACGUUUGAAGACAUCGUGAUGGAUACCCAGAAUGACGUCCUCAUUGAGUUCUACGCUCCGUGGUGCGGCCACUGUAAAAAGCUGGACCCUGAAUACAUAGCGCUCGGCAAAAAGUUUAAGGCGGAGAAGAAUCUGGUGAUCGCAAAGAUGGACGCCACAGCCAACGACGUGCCAUACGACGGCUACAAAGUUGAAGGUUUCCCCACGAUAUACUUCGCCCCGAGCAACAGCAAGCAGAGCCCGAUCAAAUUCGAAGGCGGGGACAGAACGGUAGACGGCUUCAGCAAGUUUAUCGAACAGCACGCCACAAAGCUGUCACAGCAGAGAGACGAACUUUGAGAAUGUCGCUCUCUGUGAGUAGCUGAGAACUCUAAUCUUGCUCGAGCGGGGUCUCAGAGACACCGAGGAGGACUCUGUGGAGGUGAAGGGAAGGAAGGGGAAGUUAAAAAGGAGUUACUGUGAUGAUUACAAUCAUCGUUUUAGUUUCUGUUCAUUCUGAGAGAUUCAGCUUUCUUUGUUUCUAAAAGCAUGUAAGCACUGUUGAAGAUUUUUAAAUAAAAGUAAAAAUGAUGGCAGCUUUGGGCGCCAGCACUUCAA